AUGCCCUCCAGCACACCCAUCGCAUCACUAAAGAGUCUGUCAGACAGCAACGCCUGGCAGAGAAGCACCCGCACCGCUGGCGUGUCGUACAAGUGCGGGCAGCGCUGCCGGAGAAUUUGGCUGACGGUCUGCAGCGCGAAGGAUGCGGCGCCUGCAGAUGACGUCAGGCGCGGUUGGCUCAGCACCGCCUCCAGUGCGUGCUCGGUGAGGCGCUGGCACGGCGUACGGUGCUGCAAGACGCUCAGCAACACCUCCAUGGGCGACGGUGCGUCGGGGUGUAGCAGCAACGCGUCGAGGUCCACGGAGCCACGCUCGAGGUAG